AGUUUCAUUUCAAUAUCAUAUUCAAUGCAUGCAUAUGUACAAUAUAAAAUAUCACCAAAAUUGUAUUUCGAUAAUUAUGUAUUAAUGUUAAAGAUAUAGCUUCUUAAAAUUGUAAUUUACUUAUACUUAUCAUAAAAGUACAGAAAUCUGUUACUGGAGAAUGAAAUGUCAUUAAUUGAUUAAGAAGAACACAAAAUUCGAAGAAAAGCGAAAAACAAUAUGCAACGUGCUAUGUUACGAAUAAAUGGCAUACCAACUCAAGUAAUUACAGAAGGUCGUUGGGUAGAAGAGGGCCUUGCAGAGUAUGGUAAGAAAGACAUAGUACUUGUUAUUACAGGUAACCCUGGCAUUGCAGAAUUUUAUGAGGGAUUUAUAAAAACUAUAAAAUCAAGACUUCCUACUGAAGUACCCGUUUGGGUGGUUGGAAAUGCUGGUCAUGUACAACCACCGAACAAUUUGGCAAUUACUAUGCCAAGUAAUUCAACUUGGAACGAACAUUAUAGUUUAAUGGCACAAUUAGAGCACAAGAAAGAUUUCAUAAAAAAAUAUGUACCAGAAGAUGCAAGAUUGCAUCUUAUUGGACAUUCAAUAGGCAGUUGGAUGAUAUUAAAUAUACUAAAAGAUGAUAUCAUUGCUAAAAAAAUAACUAAAUGUUAUCUAUUAUUUCCAACCAUAGAACAUUUAGCUACAACCACUAAUGGAUGGAUAUUCACUAAAAUUAUAUCACGCAUUGCAUUCUUUCUCAUUUUUUUUGCUUGGAUUUUUCAAUGUCUUCCACAUGUUUUACAAAUCUUUUUUAUCAGUAUAAUAGCACCAUUAAAAGGAAUUCCUUCAAAAUACAAUAACGCAGUACAUCAAUUGCUAAAUCCUCAUGUUAUAGAAAGGAUAAUUAAAAUGGCGAAGGAAGAAAUGGAAAUAGUAAAAGAACGAGAUGACGACAUAAUUUCAAAAUAUGCAGAUAAAUUAUGGUUUUAUUAUGGUAAUUGUGAUCAUUGGACACCAGUUAAAUAUUAUGAAGAUUUGAAAUCUAAACAUUCUGAUCUCAAUGCAGAACUAUGUAAGCAUGGUUAUCAUCAUUCCUUUGUUUUGCAAUAUGAUAAAGAAAUGGGAAAGCUUGUUGCCGAUGUAAUUAAUGAUAACAUAUUGUAAUCUUAAGAAAGAAAAAUGACAAUUAAUCUCUUUGUCAUAUUUUUAAAACAUAUAUUUAGUUGAUAAUUAAUAAUUCAUAUUAUUUUAAAGCUUUUAUUAAUAUCUUAGUAGUUAAAUAAUUGUUUAAUGCUACUUAAAACUUCUCACAUAAAAAACAUUGGUGCAAUAUGUUUACAUUCAACCUUAUUAAAAUCAUAACUCUGUGAUUUGAAAUCCAAAUUUUAAAUGUUUUUACAUGAAAAACAUGAGUAUAGGGAGCACCAUGUUAUUCAAUUCAUGCUUAAUGUCACUAAGUGUUUCAUCAUGUACUAGCUUAUUAGCAGUAACUUGUGAGAGAUAUUGUAUUAUAUGUAAACAUAUUGACAGUAUAUUAGAUGAUCAAUUAAAUUUGGCUCUUUUAUGAAUUUCAAAAUUGAUCAUGGAUUUUUCCAUUUAUGAAGUUAUCUUCAAGAAUUUUGGUUUUAUGUAUGUUAUAUGUGUGUCUUUUAAUUUAAUUUUAUUGUUAUUUAUUAUAUCUAAAUCGCGCGCGUGUGUGGCGCGUGUAUUGGUGAAUACAAUUCAAAAUAAAAUACUAAUAUUUUAAAAUUUUGCAUGUUGUGCGAUUUCAAAAUCACAAAAUUAGUACGUUCUGUACUGAAACAAUGAAGCCUUAUUUACUUUAUAUGUUAAGAAAUAAAUAUGUUAUUAUACGGUA